AAUUCCACUGCUUAUAAAUUCCUAUAAAAAAGUUGGAUAGUGAGACGUAAAACCCCUGACGCCUGAAGUUAGCGCCCAAGAAAUAGAAGAGAAAUGACAAAAAACAAUUGGUGAAUCAGUAAACUUUGCAUAUAAGAUUACUGCAAUUGAUAAUUAAAACGCUUAAGGAAUUUCAGAAGAAUCUCCUAGCAAGCCAAUAACGGCGUCAACAAAGCAGCGAUAACAAGAAAACUUUUAAAUACCACAAGCGCACUUGCUGCAAACAAUCAAUAAGCGGCAACAUGUUUUUGCGUCGUUGCACAAUUUACCUCAUCGUUUUUCUGCUGGUUGCAAGCACUGCAUCCGCGGCACGUAAAACCAAACGUCCGGUUAAGCCAGCCAAGACAUUUCCCCGCACCAAUGUGACACCUGCGCCAGCAGCUGCAUUGGCAGCAGCAGCAGCAGUUGGUGCAGCAGCUGGAGCCGGUGCUGGUGGUAUUGCCGCCGGUGUUGCCGGCGGUGCAGCAGCGGCUCAACAGUCAGUAGCCGCUACUACCGCCGCUUCAUCCAGUCUCACAAGCACAACAACACAUGCGCCUAGUAUUGCCGUUGCGACGAGCAGCACUACAGCUACACCAACACAAAUUGGCAGCGGGAAUUAUGCCGCUAGCGCUGCUGGCGAUGACAGCACCGGAAGCGAAGGCUAUACAGUGGGCAAUGAGCUGCCCAAACCAAUGACGCCAUUGUCGGAAGCGAGCACCGGCACCACAGGCGCUGCAGCAUCGUCGACUUCGGCUGAGGCCAAAACAGAGCGACCCUCAGCUACUUUGUUGCCCAUUGAGGAGGAAUGCGAUCCGGAUAUGAUUGGAUUUGAAAUUAUCACUGGUUAUGUUCUCUCGGCGCCAACUAAAUUACUUGACACGCUGCCCGGCAUACUGAUGCUGACUGAUUGCUUAGAGGCAUGCCAGGUGAACGAAUCAUGCAGUGCAGUUAAUUACGAGACCGGUCUCUGUGUUUUAUUCAAAACUACCGCUGAUAUAUUGCCAGGUUCACUUUCGCGUUCACAGUUUCCAGUUUUCACCAUUUACGCACAGAAAUCCUGUUUGGGUGUGCGUCCUUGCUCGAAGGCCUGGUGCAUCGAUCGCGUUCAAGGUUAUCGCCUGGUGGAUCAUGUCAAGUCGAGCCAGACUGUCUAUACGCGCCGUGACUGCUUGGAAUUGUGCUUGGGCGAGACCGAAUUUACGUGCAGAUCCGCCAAUUUCUAUCGUCACUCUGGUUUAUGCGAACUCUCGGACAUGGAUCGCAUUACUCUAACCGGUGCCAAUAAUGUGGAGCCUUAUGACGGCGCUGAUUAUCUGGAGAACAACUGCGCCGAAGAACCUAGCAAACUGUGUGAAUUCAAACGUAUUUCUGGCAAGAUUCUGAAAACGGUGGACUCUGUAUAUCAAGAUAUCAACAGCAUUGACGAGUGCCGUGAUCUGUGUUUGAACUCACCAUACAGAUGUCAUUCUUACGACUACAAUGAUACCGGCGACAUGGUCUGCCGCCUCUCGCAUCACAGCCGCGCCACGCUUACCGAUGUGCUCGACCCCUACCUGGAUGUACCCGAAGCUGCCACCUACGAACUCUCUUCCUGCUAUAAUGUGUCUAUUGAAUGUCGCUCCGGCGAAAUGAUCACCAAAAUACGCACCUCAAAACUGUUCGACGGCAAGGUCUACGCCAAGGGUUCGCCCAAAUCCUGCUCGGUGAAUGUGAACAACUCACUGGAAUUCGAUUUCCGUAUGGGCUACAAUGAUUUGGAGUGCAAUGUACGUCAGAGCGCAUAUGGCCGUUACAUGAACGACAUUGUUAUUCAACACCACGAUAUGAUUGUAACCUCGUCCGAUUUGGGUCUUGCUGUUUCAUGCCAAUAUGAUCUGACCAACAAGACUGUCUCGAACGAUGUUGAUUUGGGUGUCACUGGUGAAAUCGAAUCUUCACUAAGCGAAGAGAUCAUUAUCGACUCACCAAAUGUAGUUAUGAAGAUCACCUCACGUGAUGGCAGCGAUAUGAAACGCAUUGCCGAGGUUGGUGACCCGUUGGCGCUACGCUUCGAAAUCGUCGAACAAAACAGUCCCUAUGAGAUUUUCGUGCGCGAAUUGGUAGCCAUGGAUGGCACAGACAAUGCCGAGAUUACGCUGAUCGACGCCAAUGGCUGUCCCACAGAUCAAUAUAUUAUGGGCGCCAUACAAAAGAUGUCGCACAGCCGCAAGGUGCUCGUCUCACAAUUCGAUGCCUUCAAAUUCCCCUCCUCAGAGGUGGUGCAAUUCCGCGCGCUAGUUACACCCUGCAUACCGCGCUGUGAGCCAGUGAUCUGUGACAACGAGGAUGCUGUUAUGGGCGGCGCCGAUGCAAAAUCGUUAGUGUCAUACGGACGUAGAAGGCGUUCGGUGGCAAAUGGAACAGAUGGCGCUGAAUUCCUCUUAAGUACCAUGGCGCAUGCGCAACGUGAGAGACGCGAUGUGAGUAGCAGUAGCAGCAAUCAAAACAAUCACAACGACAACAAAAGUAACAAACAUGCCGCCGAUGAUAAUAUACUGCUGGUGCAAUCCAUUCAAAUCACCGAUAAGUUCGGCUUCAAUCAGGAGGAUGCCGAUGCGUUGGGCGCCGAUCAUAAAGUGUACGCCGGCAUUGGCGAUGAUGCGCUCACCUGUCUCAACGGCUAUGGUCUAAUCGUAGCCGGCGCGAUUUUCCUCUUGGCUCAAUUCACUAUCUACAUCAUCUGGAAGACUGUACAGAAACGCUCGAAGAAGGAACGCUACUUGUAUCAGCAUGAUUCCUCAGCGGCUGGCGCUGUCAAUUAUGGCGCACCACCGAUGGUCUAUGGACAAGCGGCUGUCGCUCAUUGCGGCGGCGUUACUGUAGCUUCGCACUCAGCUAGCAGCAAUGCAAGCGAUACGCUGGGCAAGCUCUACGAUAGCGGCAUGACGGGACGUUAUGGACAGCAAUAUUGAAAGUAAUUGAACGCUUGAUUGCUUAAUUGGCUGGUGGAAGAAAUAAAAAAAGUAUUCCACAAAAUUAAACUAAAUACUAUAACAAAUUGACAGUGAAAACUAUACAGACAUAAACACAAACAAUUAAAGCACCGCCACAUAGAGAAACACGUAAAGACACCCAUACACGCAUACACUAAAAUUCACAAGAUUUUCGAGGCUUAGGCGUUAGUUGUCCUUAUUUAUAAUAGGUUUCGUUUUUUACUUUAAUACGUAACGAAAUUUAGCAAACAAAAACUGCAGCAAAAUAUAGGAAGCGUAAGGCCUAUGCGCUGCCGCGUAUUUUUUUUUUGUAUCCAGUAGUAUAGUAUGCAAAAUAGUAUAGUUUUUUACGAAAGCAAAAAUAAUAAAAUCUUUUACUUUUCUUACUUUGAAAAAGGGAUUAUCUAAUCAGAACAAUGAAGUCAGAAGAAAAAUUUCAGUUAUCAUUUGAUUGCUUUCAUUUAGCAAAUUCUAUGGAUAUUUCGAUAUUAGUAAACAUUUAGCGUAGCUUAGCUCUUAGAAAAUAACUAAAUAUAUUUUAUUUAAAUUAGUAUUAGUAAAGGAGGGUGCAAAUAAUUUGACGAUAUGUAGUAAAAUGCCGCUUCUAACGGUGAUUUUAGUCGGCCGAUAGUAAACCAACUAACCCUCAAUUAACUAGCGACUAUUUUUUUUUUUUUAUGAAGUAGACUAUACUAACUAAUGAACCGUUUGACUGAAGACUAUACAUAUACAUAUAUAUAAACAAAAUCUACGAGAUAGUUGGCUGCAGUCGUAAAGUCGUAAGCUAAAAUUACUGUUUAGGACUGCGCAUUAUGUGAGUAAAGUUAGAGAGAAAAUUGCUAAAAUAAAUUCUAUGCUAACGACAGACAUAAAAAAUGAAAAAUUUAGUUAAACGCAAACUAGUUAAGUUAAUAAUUCACCCAAAAGUGCAUAUAAAAAUAUUUAUGAGCUAUUAAAUAUUAAAAUAAAACUAAAAAUAAAAACAUAAAAUCCUAUUACACUAAACCGUUAACAAGUUAGCUUGUAACUUUUCAUAUUUAUUUACUUUAUAUUUGUGCUGUAAAACUGCAAAAACAAAAACACGCCAACGGCAAAACCCACAACUACACUACCACAUGAGUAUGUAUGUAUGACUGUAUGUACAUGAGGUCGGGUCAUCUUUUAAUUUUUUACUAUGCGCUUAUAGGAAAGGAGUUAUCUACAUGUAAUGCUAACUAAAUUUUGCGAAAAAAACAUUGGUCUAAAAUCACUUUGAAGUACGCCAAAUUGCUAAAAUAGGUUUCGAAGAAAGUGUGAAAAUUUUCACUGUUGUGCCCUCUGAUGGAAGUUUUAAGAUACAGAUAAAUACAGAAAUGGAUUCCUCAUAUCAAAAACCCUCACAGCAUUUUUUAAAGAAAAUUUAAGCUCUUCUUUACGACACUACAGCAAAAUGCUGAGAAGCAUAUUUUCGCAAUUGGGCAAACUUCAAAUUGAUUUUAGACCCAUGUUUUCUCCGGCAAAUUUUCUUAGAAUUACGCGUGGCAUCGUUCUGUGCUAUACGCGCAUAGCCGAAAAAAUUCGCAAACAAAUUGACCCGCCCUAAUGUACAUACAAAGGCAUGAAUAUACCCUGCAUUGUAAAGCGAAAAUACUCAGUAAGCGUACCAGUAGAUUAACUAGUGUCAGCUGAUGCGAAUGCUGACAAGUUCAUUCAAUGGAUAGAGAUCAUACAGAGGCUGACUGGCUGGUCUACUUUGAACAGCUAAAUAUCAAUUAAUCGGUAUUUGUCCGUAGGGUGACAAUGACUUAUCGGGAAGACUUCUGCUUUGUUUCUGAGAUUCCUGGCUCGAGUUUGCUCAGAGCCAUGCUUCGCUGCAAUACACCGCCGACCCUUGUGACUUUUUUAGCAGCGUGAACAAAAUAAAAAUUGUAUUUCAUUAGCUGAGGAUACAGGGAAACUAUUUAAAAAAGUGGCUUAAGCUAUGACGAAGGCUUACUAGUAUGUCAACUGUUCGAUACUGUUGCAAAGCCUGACAACUGGCAUCUCCUAAAAUAAUGCCAUGUUAAAAAGUCCCGUUAUUAACAUGGAAAAACCUAGAAGACAAACUAAUUAAGGCGCAAAGCGAAGUUAAGAACUAAUGCUUUCACUGCACUUACAAAUUUGAAUGCACAAUGCGCUCUAACAACAAUAGCAGAAAAUACACUCAACUACAUACAUACAUACAUAAGAGCAAACGAUGACAAGUAUGCAAAUUUCCUAAGUAAUUUUGUAUCAAAAUACAUAGGUAAUUCAACAGGUAACACAAAAAAAUACAUGUCAUGCCAAUGCAUAUCCGUUGGCUCCAAAUAUGAUAAUAAAUUUGCCUAAAAGAAUUUUUACAGCUCAUAAACAUAACUUCUAAAACUAUUUAUUUAUUUACAUAUUUAUAUAGACCUAUUUUUUCACGACUGUAUGAACUACUUAAGACGAAAAAAAGUACUACACUUUAUUUUUUGUUUACUAUUUAUUCAAACGCUCCAGCACAAAGACAUAUACACGCUCAGAAUGAACACCUGAACACCGUGAAUGCAUAAGGUGGUGCUCUGUAGUUAGAUAUUUUUAAACGAUUAUUAUUAUUAUUAUUUUAGCAAAGUCAACGUAAAACUGCACUUUGUGAAGCUUAGAUAAUAGAUUGGAGAAGAAGUAGUAAUAAAAAAGCAAAAUACACAAUUAAAAGAAUCAAAAGUCUAUACAACGUUGCAAUAACUUAAAUGGAUCCAUUUGAUUUUUUGUGAAAUUGCUUAGUUGAAUUGCUUAAAAAUAUUAUUAAUAUUAAAAUAUUUAACGAAAGCAUUGAUUAAAUAUAAUAUUUAGCUUUAGUCUUUUUUAUACGAAUUGUACUGAUUAAGUCUAUGAAACCAAUAAAGUGAAAUACAUAUUUAUAUAAAUUUAA